AGACAAUUGAAAUGCCCAAUGAGCUUAUAGUGCUGAAUUCAAUGUCAAUGAUCAUUGCCAAAAAUAAAAAUAAUAUAUUUUAGUAUGUGUAAAUAAUCCUUGCUGAAAUCUAACAUAACUAUUUGCACUUUUUUUUGUAUGUACAUCAUCAUUGCUAAAAUCUUUAAUAAGUAUUUACACUGUUUUUUUUUUAAAAAAAAGUGUUUGUCUCUGUUAUUAGUAGGGGGAGCAGGGUGGUAGUACCUGGAAAAUAAAAGUUCGGUGCAAUGAAUCGCGCGGCGAGGUCGAGGUCGCCGGAGGACGCGUCGGUGGCGGCGGCGCGGAAGCUGCACCUCCUCCUCCGCUCCCGGGACCUCCGCCCGGCGCUCUCCUACCUCCGCACCCUCCCCUCGCCGCUCACCCUCCUCCCCAACCACGCCCUCAACGCCCUCCUCCGCGCGCUCGCCGCCGCCGGCCGCGUCCGCGCCGCCGCCGCCCUCUUCCGCCGCAUCCCUUCCCCCACACCGCACUCCUUCAACUCCCUCCUCGCCGCCCUCCUCCGCCGCGGCCGCCGCCGCGCGGCCUCCGCGCUCUUCGCCGCGCUCCUCCGCUCCCCCUCCGCCUCCCCCGACGCCGCCACCCUCAACACCCUCCUCCACGGCCUUUCCACCGCAUCCCCGCACCCGUCCACUCCCGCGCUCCUCAGGCUCUUCCGCUUCUUGCCCGACACCUACGCCUUCGCGCCGGACGCCAUCUCGUACAACUCGCUGCUCUCCGCUCUCUGCCGCGCCGGCGACGUGCUCACCGCGCGCAAGCUGUUCGACGGAAUGCGCGUCGGAGGAGAAGAAGGCAGAGGAGCUGUCUUUCCUAACGUUAUCACAUACACGACCAUGAUCAAGGCGUACUGCGCCAAGAGGCUCGUGAACGAGGCUCUCGCGAUCUUCAAGCUAAUGGUUGCGGAUGGUGUGGCGCCGAACAGGAUCACAUACAACACGAUGGUGCAGGGGUUCUGCGAUGCCGGCAGGAUGGAGCUAGUGAAGGAGGUGUUGGAGAUGGACUCGUUUAGGCCGGACACUUGCACAUUCAACACUCUGGUGGCCGUGCAUUGUAGGGAAGGCCGGAUCGAGGAUGCUAUGAAGGUGUUUAAUCAGAUGGUGGAGCUCCGUGUGAGACGUGAUUCUGCAAGCUAUAGCAUGGUCAUCCGGGUGUUGUGUGAGAAUGGGGAAUUUGGGCAGGCUGAGGAGCUUGUGGAUGAGCUCUUGGAGAAGGAGGUGCUCAAGAAGAGAGGGGGUUGCACGCCGCUCAUUGCAGCGUACAACCCGGUUUUUGUGUACUUGUGUGAGCAUGGGAAGACAAAGAAGGCAAGGAUGCUGUUUGGGCAGCUGCUGGACCGGAGGAGCAAGGUCGAUGUUCCUGCAUUCAAGACAUUGAUCCUUGGGCAUUGCAGAGAGGGUGAUUUCGAAGAAGGGUAUGCAUUGCUGCUCUCAAUGUUGAAGCGGGAUCUUGUCCCUGAUGAUGAAUGCUACAUUGCCGUGAUUGAAGGGUUUUCACAGAGGGGAAGGAUGAAGUUUGCAUGGGAAGCCUUGCACAGGAUGUUGAAUAGCGGUCUUCGGCCAAGCACAAGUACUUUUCACUCGGUUCUUUUGGGGCUUUUGAACAAAGAUGGUUGUGCAAAAGAAGCAGCUGAUUUGAUUGAGAUAAUGCUAGAGAGGAAGAUUCGCCAAAAUGUUGAUCUUUCGACAAAUUUGGUAGAUACAUUGUUCAGGAACAACCUAAAUGACCGUGCUUACAAGAUUGUUACAUCUCUAUAUGACCAUGGCUAUUACAUCAAGAUGGAAAAGUUAAUCGCAAACCUUUGCGAGGAAAAGAAGUUCAUAGAAGCUGCAGAUUUUACUUUGUUUAGCUUGGAGAAGUCUCAGAAUUUUGGUGUAGCCAUUCCAAGCAUGGUUCUGGAUGGUCUUUGCAUGACUGGUAGAGCUUCAGAAGCAUUCCGGCUGUUCUAUGAACUCAUUGAGAACAGAAGUGCUUUGGCUUCUGUCGCUGCACCUCGUAGUUUAGUUGCACUUCAUCAUGCACUGGAGGAAUCCGGGAAAAUGAAGGAAGCUGAUUUUAUUGCUAGACAGAUGAGACGUGCAAGUGCCAGAAUAAGGGAAAGAAUCUAGUGGGUUGCUUUGUCCCAAGGAGCAUUUCAAUCGCAUGCCCUUUGCUUCUCCAAACAGGAUGGACUAAUAAGUGUGAACUUAAAAGAACGAACAGGAUGCAGAAACUGUGCCUGAUCCACUGCCCCAUAAGAAAUGGAUCAACCAACUGUAUGAUGUUAGAAUGCAGAUUAAUUCAGCAGAUAUCCUUUUUUUUUUCAGGGAAACUAUGGCGGGUGGAUUAGCACCGGCCUGAACAUUUAUUGAUAAAUAAAGAGAUAGUUACAAAUAAAGAUAAUUUACAUGGAGGAAGGAGAAGUUGCUUGAGAAUUCAGAAAAUACAGAGGGGGGAGGAUGGAGUUUAAGAAAUUCCUAUGUCACUAAGAUUGUUCAUCCAGGUGUUCAGAGCGGGGCGUAGAUGCUCCGGGCAGCGGUGUACCCAUAAUUCAGCAGAUAUCCUUAAAAUAUUGGUCCAAUCAGGACUUUGUAUAGCCAAACAAUCAAGCCAACUUUCUCUGUCACUAUAGUAUCACCGAUCUGGAUCAUUUCUUCUCAAGGAUUGAUAUCUUUGGGAGGAAAUGAAGUGUGGGAAGACCAGAUCACAAGAGUACUCUGCUCCUGGACUUUGAAGGGCAGUAGUUGCGGGAGACCAAAGAAUCCGGCUGAAAGAAACAUAUUGUGAAAAUGUACUGCUUUCCCCCCCCCCCCCCCCCCCUAAAUGCAUGAGGCAGAGCUCCUUGCCCUUUGUGCUCAAAAAAAAAAAGGAAAAGAAGAAAAGUGGGGAAUUUAACUAUUUGCCACUUUUACAUUUGACAAUUAACCAAAUACCCUUCUUAAGAUUGUACUUAAGAAUUUGCCAUUAGAGAGAGAAGCUUUUGUAACUUUUUGCCA